GCUGAGCCUACAUUAGUUGUGAGGCGCUAACGCCUACAGUCGCCACCAGAGGGCCUCCCGUGGAUGAUGUGAGCGUUUCGUCAGACCACCGCGCUUAUUCGACCUGCCACGAGCCAGUUCAGGUGUGUUCGACAAGAGCUCCGCUACUUACGACUAAACAAAGGAUUGUAGUGCCAAUCGACCAUCGCCCACGUUGGUGCCUACAUUUGGUGACCCGAACGUGAUAACUCAUCGGAUUUACAAAUUUCGCUUGGAGAACAGAAACAUUUUACCAGGUACGUGAAAGAAUGAGUGAACCCGUGGUCGGCCACGUGGCCGUCAAGCUGCCGCCAUUUUGGACCGAGAGCCCAGCGCUUUGGUUCGCCCAGUUGGAGAGCCAAUUUGUCCUCGCGAAUAUAACCCACGAUAAAACGAAAUAUAGCCAUGUAGUCGCGAGUUUAUCUGAACGUAUGGCUACCGAAGUUCAAGACAUUUUGGCCGCUCCUCCGAAUACCGACAAAUACAAAACGAUUAAACGGGCACUGAUCGACCGCUUGUCCCAAUCCGAAGCCCAACGCCUUGAAAAGCUUAUACGUACCGAAGAGCUCGGCGACCGCACACCAUCGCAGUUUCUUCGACGCCUAAGAACUCUCGCAUGUCAUACGGUUACCAAGGACCUACUCAGAAGUAUUUGGUUGUCCCGUCUUCCCACCGAUAUACAGAAGAUACUAACCAUAUCCGAGGGCACACUCGAAUCUCUCGCUAAGAUCGCCGACCGCCUUAGCGAAAUGUACCCCUCGACACCGAAUAUCUCCGCCACGUCUACAGCCUCUGCCACGGUCGAUCCCAGAAUCGCCGCGCUCAAAGUGCAAAUCUCCAAACUCUCAAAACAAAUUUCCGAGAUGUCACGACAAUAUGGCCAUUCUCCACCUCGCCGCCGUUCCUCGAGCCGUGGAAGACUCGGUCGACGCUCCCCACCUAACACCUUCCCGAACAAUAUCUGCUGGUACCACGCCAAAUUUGGCGCGAAUGCCCGACGCUGCCGACCACCUUGUUCGAUGGGAAACGAGAACGGGAGUCAGUAGAGACGGCAACUGAUUCCAAAAAUUUAAGCCGUCGCUUAUUCAUCACAGAUAGUAUGUCCAAAGUCGCAUUCUUAAUUGACACUGGGGCCGAUGUCUCCAUUUAUCCAGCUUCACGCCUUCCAAAGCGCUGUGUAGAAGACUAUCAACUCUUCGCAGCGAACGGCACAGCAAUCAAGACAUACGGCUAUGCAACAAUCACGCCAGACUUCUCUCUUCGACGAAACUUUACAUGCCGAUUCAUUGUAGCCGACGUCACACAACCAUUGAUCGAUGCCGAUUUUUUUAUCUCAUUAUGGACUUCUCCCAGAACUUCGCAUCAAACGUCUCAUCGACUCAACAACGAAACUGGUCAGCCAAGGACAUAUCCUCAGCGUCACUGCACCGUCAGUACGAACUAUUGCCGGCAACUCUCCUUAUCAUCGACUACUGAGCGAGUUUCCCGAGAUAACACGUCCAUCUCCAACCAUCGCACCCGUCCGACACUCCACCGUCCAUCAUAUUAUCACGACGCCUGGACAACCAGUGCGCUGCAAACCCCGGCGACUUGCGCCGGACAAAUACAUUCUGGCUAAGCGCGAGUUUGAAUUCAUGCUCGCUCAAGGGAUCUGCCGACCGUCCACCAGCAGUUGGUCAUCGCCAUUACACCUCGUCCCAAAGAAGAACGACCAGUGGCGACCCUGCGGUGACUACCGUCUACUCAACGCACGAACUGUACCCGACCGUUAUCCGGUUCCUCACAUAGAGGACUUCGCAUCCACUCUUCACGGUUGUGGGUACUUCUCAACCGUCGACCUUGUCCGUGCUUUCCACCACAU